AUCGGUUUAAAUCAUCCGGGAUUAGGCAAUGUCAGCGUACGAAGUUCGUUAUUAUUAAUUAAUGUGAUUUUGUUGAAACUACUGAAAAGUAAUUUGUAGAGACACAGACGAUGCCGCGUUUAAUUAUCAUUAUUGCCAUCACAAUUUUGUUCCUCGACAUUGUCGUCUCCAGACCAAGGCUUAAGAGAGACCCUGACUUUGAACCAAUACAUCUCUUUGUUGAUAAACUGGACGAUGGAGAAAAUUAUGGCAAUAAUGGCGAACAACUGCCAGUGGCUGGCUCUGCUGAACAAAAUAAUAUAGAUACGCCAAUACGUUACGAUGACGGCCCUUUGUACCCACGUGAUAUCCGGGUAAGUGGCCCAGCAGAUGAUAACAAUUUAGCCAACAAUGACGAAACUCGUUUGCAGAUGGACAAUGGUGGGUUAUACCCAAGUAACUUGCAAACGAAUGAAACGGACGAAAGCAAAUUAAAUGAAACAAAAGAAAAACCUAGUACCGAAGCUCCUGUACGAAUUGAUGAUGGACCACUGUAUCCAAAUGACAAUCAGUUGCAGCAUGUCGAGCAAAACGAAAAUACUGACCCAAACUAUAAUGAAACCCCGACACGGUUGGAUAAUGGUGGAUUGUAUGAUGACCUUGAGCUAAACAGGCCAGAAAAUCUAGAGUUAGAUAAUGAGAAUAAAGAUCUUAAUCAAGUAGGCGAUGACACGCGUGUUCAGAUAGACAAUGGUGGGUUAUACCCAAGUAACUUGCAAACGAAUGAAACAGACGAAGGCAAAUUAAAUGAAACGAUAGAACAACCUAGUACCGACGCUCCUGUGCGAUUUGAUGAUGGACCACAUUAUCCAAAUGAUAAUCAGUUGCAGCAUGUCGAGCAAAACGAAAAUACUGACCCAAGCUAUAAUGAUACGCCGACACGGUUCGAUAAUGGUGGAUUGAAUGCUGACCUUGAGCAGAAUAGGCCAGAAAAUCUAGAGUUAGAUAAUGAGAAUAAAGAUCUUAAUCAAGUCGGCGAUGACACGCGUGUUCAGAUAGACAAUGUUGGGUUAUACCCAAGUAACUUGCAAACGAAUGAAACAGACGAAGGCAAAGUAAAUGAAACGAUAGAACAACCUAGUACCGACGCUCCUGUACGAAUUGAUGAUGGACCACAUUAUCCAAAUGAUAAUCAGUUGCAGCAUGUCGAGCAAAUCGAAAAUACUGACCCAAGCUAUAAUGAUACGCCGACACAGUUCGGUAAUGGUGGAUUGAAUGCUGACCUUGAGCUGAAUAGGCCAGAAAAUCUAGAGUUAGAUAAUGAGAAUAAAGACCUUGAUACAAAUCAAAUCAGCGAAAACGAAAAUUCAGAUGCGGAGAAUAACAUGGAUGUGGACAAUGAUUCGAAUACGGACAAGUCCAACGAAAAUGAUAAUAACGAAGAUAUUCAUUCAAGCAUCACUGACAUUUAUGGUGAUGAAGUUGACAAGGUCGAAAAUGAUGACAUUGAUUCAAAUGCUGAUGAUUUCAACGGAAUGCGAAUGAAAAGAUUUAUAAACCAAUUUGAGGAAGAUGAUGAGUUGAUUGAUUCAAAUAUCGAUGACGAUAAGAAUAACGAUAUAUCUGGUAAUAUCGAUACAAAUGCAUCCGAUCUAAAUGACGACGGGAAUAAUAGUAUUGACAGUGAUAUUGAUCUAAAUGCGGACGUGUCAGAUGUAGACGAUACGAAUAAUUUCAAGGUAGACGAUACGGAAAAUUUCGAUGAAGACGAUAUUGGUGAUUCUGAUGAAGAUGAUAUCGAUGACGAUAAUAUCGAUGACGAUGAUAUCGAUGAAGAUGAUAUCAAUGUAAUUGAUAUCGAUGAAGAUGAUAUCAAUGAAAAUGAUAUCGAUGAAGACGAUACUGAUAAUUCCAAUGAAGAAGAUAAUGAUACCGAGCCUAAAUAAAGAUUGAAUAUAAUCAAAAAUAAUGACAAUUAAAUAGGAAACAUGAGUGAAAAUAUGUGAAAAUAUUCCUUUCUUUAUCUGUCUUUGUUUUUGACAAAAACAGCUGUUGUUCGUAUGUGUAUUAGAAUUGAUAACACAUAUAAAGAUGAUGCAGAAGUAAACUUUUAAAUUUUCACAUUAAAUUUUUCACAAAACAGA